AAAAGAAUCUUAAUAAAUGGGAUAUUUCAUAUCAUAAUGGCAAUAAGAAUAUUGAAAUUGAUGGUACUUUCCAAGACUCUAUUUAUAUAUUCAAAUGUGAAAAUUCAGCAGUUAAAGUUAAUGGAAAGAUCAAUUGUAUUUCAGUUGAUGGAUGUAAGAAACUUACUUUAAUUUGUGAUACCAUUGUUUCAUAUGUUGAAGUUAUUAAUUGUAACUCAAUUGAUAUUAGAGUUAUUGAAUUAACACCAACUGUCAACAUUGAUAAAUCACAAUCAGUUAAUGUUCAUUUGUCUGAAAAAGCUCUUGAUGGUAAUACUACUGUUAAUACAUCAAAAUGUGAUGCUGUUAACAUUUCAUUCCCUAAUCCAGAGGAUAAAGAAGAUGAAGUUGAAUAUCCAAUUCCAGAACAAAUUUACACUAUUGUUAAAGAGAAUAAGUUAUAUCCUCAAAUUUAUUUCCAUGAUAAAUCAUCUUAUUACUUCCCAAAAUAAGUAAUUCAAUUUUUUGAUC